UUCGUCUGUUUCAUUUUUCUUCUUGUUCGCUUUUUACGAGUUUCGUUAUGAGCGCUGAGGCUGUAGGCAUUGAUCUAGGUACGACAUAUUCUUGUGUCGGUAUCUACCGUCAUGGCAAAGUUGAUAUCUUGACUAAUGAGCAAGGCAAUCGGACAACUCCGUCCUAUGUUGCAUUCACCGAUUGCGAACGUUUAAUUGGAGACGCUGCUAAAAGCCAGAUUGCUAUGAAUCCCGAAAACACCGUUUUUGAUGCUAAGCGUCUCAUUGGUCGUCGUUUUAGCGACACUGUAGUUCAGAGUGAUAUCAAGCACUUUUCUUUUACGGUAAUUAAUAAAAACGACAAACCGAUGAUUCAAGUAACUUUUAAAGGAGAAAAAAAAAUAUUUUCUCCUGAAGAGAUUUCUGCAAUGGUCCUCACGAAAAUGAAGGAAAUCGCCGAGACCGGAAUUGGUCACUCUAUUUCUAAGGCGGUCAUUACUGUUCCUGCUUAUUUUAACGACUCUCAGAGGCAAGCCACCAAAGAUGCUGGGCAGAUUGCCGGGCUGACUGUCCUCCGUAUCAUCAACGAGCCAACAGCGGCUGCUAUUGCAUACGGAUUGGAUAAGCGAGCUGAGAAAGGCGAAAAAAACGUUUUGAUAUUUGAUAUGGGCGGGGGUACUUUUGAUGUUUCUAUUUUAACGAUUGAGGAAGGCAUAUUUGAAGUGAAGUCUACUGCGGGUGACACUCAUCUCGGUGGGGAAGACAUUGAUAAUCGGCUAGUUGAUUAUGCCUGUGAUACGUUUAGAAAGAAACACGGAAAAGACUUGCGCUCUAAUGCAAAGGCCCUCCGUCGCUUGCGUACGGCAUGUGAGCGGGCCAAGCGAAGUCUUUCUUCGAGCACCCAGACGACCAUUGAGAUUGACUCCCUUUAUGAGGGUAUCGAUUUCUCACAAUCCGUUAGUCGAUCAAAGUUUGAAGAAUUGUGCAGCGACAUUUUUAAGAGCACUCUUAAUCCCGUGCGGACUGCUUUAGAAGACGCCAAGCUUGGAAAGGGAGACAUCAAUGAGAUUGUGCUUGUCGGCGGCUCUACGCGUAUCCCGAAGAUUAGAAAUUUAAUUCGAGACUUCUUUAAUGGAAAAGAGCUCUGCGCAACUAUAAAUCCCGACGAGGCCGUUGCUUACGGCGCUGCUGUGCAAGCCGCUAUUCUCACUAAAAAUACUGAUGAAACUACUCAAGAUCUUUUGUUAUUGGAUGUGGCUCCUUUGUCCCUGGGUAUUGAAACUGCGGGUGGUGUAAUGACGCCACUUAUUAAGCGCUCGACUACUAUUCCCACGAAGCAGACUCAAACCUUCACUACUUAUGCGGACAACCAACCGGGCGUACUUAUUCAAGUAUUCGAGGGCGAGCGGGCCAUGACAAAGGACAACCACUUGUUAGGCAAAUUUGAUCUUACCGGCAUCCCACCUGCCCCGCGUGGUGUUCCUCAAAUCGAAGUCACGUUUGACAUUGACGCCGAUGGCAUCCUUAACGUGUCCGCCUCUGAUAAAUCCACUGGAAAAAGCAAUAAGAUCACCAUCACCAAUGACAAGGGCCGUCUGUCGCAGGCGGAAAUAGAUCGCAUGGUCUCUGAGGCUGAGAAAUUCAAGAAAGAAGACGACGAGCGUAGGGAAGUUAUUAAUGCUAAAAACUCGCUCGAAUCGUACGCCUACCAAGUCAAAUCGACCGUUGAUGAUAAGAAUCUGGCGGACAAAUUGUCUUCUGAAGACAAAGAAACGCUUAACAGUAAAGCCUCCAGCGUACUCUCCUGGCUCGACUCGGCCGGCUCGGAGGCCUCUAAGUCAGAAAUCGAACAAAAGCGUAAGGAACUCGAGGAGGUCGCCUCACCAAUACUCACGAAGCUUCAUGGCGCUGCUGGCGGAAUGCCCGGUGGAAUGCCUGGUGGUAUGCCCGGUGGUAUGCCGGACAUGAGUAGCUUCCAGGGCGGCGGCGACAAAGGAGCUGGUGGACCUGUUAUUGAGGAAGUGGAUUAACUUUGGCAAUAACCCAAUUUUUCUGGACUUAUAAAAUUUUCUUAAAAAAUAAAUAGAUUUUCGCGCU